AAUAAUUUCCUCGGCUCUCUCUCUCCAAUCCUGGUUCUGCUCCCCCAGACCAGGCCCUCUCUCUCUCUAUCUCGCCCUAAUUUUUCGAUCAAACACUACUUUCUCUGUUGAAGAAAACUGCGAAACUAAAACUUGAAGGACAAGAGAGAGGGAGGGGGAAGCUUUGAAGAAAAGAAACGAUGCAAUCAACGAACGGUGCUGAUCCGCAGCAGCCACAACCGCAGCACCAGCACCACCCGCAACAGUGGAUGGCGAUGCAGUACCCGGCGGCGACACUCGUUAUGCAGCAUCAGAUGAUGCCUCAGCACUACCCUCAACCCUACAUGCCUUACCAUCAUCACCAACAGCAGCCGCAGUCACAACAGCAGGGAUCCAGCGACGAGAAUAAGACGAUUUGGGUUGGUGACCUUCAUUAUUGGAUGGACGAGAGUUACCUUCAUAACUGCUUCGCUCACACCGGCGAGGUUGUCUCUAUAAAGGUUAUUCGCAAUAAGCAGACUGGCCAGUCUGAGGGUUAUGGAUUUGUUGAAUUCUUUUCACAUGCCGCAGCCGAAAAAGUUCUCCAUAACUACAAUGGCACUGCAAUGCCUAACACAGAACAUCCGUUUCGCCUGAAUUGGGCAUCGUUUAGCAUGGGUGAGAGGCGCUCAGAUGCUGGGUCUGAUCAUUCUAUAUUUGUAGGAGAUUUGGCUGCAGAUGUUACUGAUACUUUACUGCAUGAAACAUUUGCCAGUAGAUAUCCAUCUGUAAAAGGUGCAAAAGUUGUCAUUGAUGCAAAUACUGGGCGCUCAAAAGGCUAUGGUUUUGUUAGGUUUGGUGAUGAGAAUGAGAAAUCACGGGCCAUGACAGAAAUGAAUGGUGUUUAUUGUUCUAGUAGGCCUAUGCGUAUAGGUGUUGCAACCCCCAGGAAGUCAUCUGCAUAUCAACAACAGUAUUCCUCUCAAGCUUUGGUGUUGGUAGGUGGAUAUGCAUCAAAUGGAGCUUCUGCUCUGGGUGGACAGUCUGAUGGUGAUUCAACUAACACAACAAUAUUUGUUGGAGGCCUUGACCCCAGUGUCACUGAUGAAGACCUCAGACAACCUUUUUCUCAGUAUGGCGAGAUUGUCUCAGUAAAAAUUCCAGUCGGUAAAGGGUGUGGUUUUGUGCAGUUUGCUAACAGGACUAAUGCUGAGGAGGCAUUGCAGAAGUUGAAUGGGACUGUAAUUGGAAAGCAGACAGUUCGUCUUUCUUGGGGUCGCAAUCCAGCGAACAAGUUGAGAGCCGAUCCUGUUAACCAAUGGAAUGGAGCAUACUAUGGGGGCCAAGUAUACGAUGGAUAUGGAUAUGCUGUGCCACCACCUCAGGACCCAAGCAUGUAUGCAGCAGCAACCGCAUAUGGAGCUUAUCCCAUAUAUGGAAACCACCAACAGCAAGUUAGCUGAAUUGCAUCAUCACUUUUAGCUGUAGCCAUCAGAACACUAUUGCUCUAUUAGUCUAUUUACUGUAGGAUGUAGCUGCUCCAGUAGCUAUGUAGUUUGCAGGAUUUUUAAUCAAUCAUCAUGAAGCUUUCAUGGUGAACAAAAGUUGAAUUUUGACUACCCCGAUUUGUUUUCUGGGAUUCAAUUGAACUUGUCUUGGAAAUUUUUGAGAUUUUCUGUA